UACUUCUUGACCCAAUCGUGUCAUCAGGAAGUUGAAGUAUGCUGUGUGAGUGCGUUCAUUGUAUUUCAAUAGCGCUUCCCACAGAGAGUACUCACAAAGUGCCCUACAUGUUUACAAUACAGAGACACAAGUGGUUCUCAAAGUGCGGGACAUGGGCUCCCUCCAGUGUUACAUCAAAGAAUCACUGAAUUAAACCUUCCAACUGUGCAUAAAGUUUCAGUGGCUUCAGCUGUUUUCAAUCCAGUGCAGUACAUUUGCUAAGUACAGUUAAGUUGUAUUUAACUUUUGAUUUUGAUCAUGAUCGUGGUACUUAAUGCAACCCUAUGGGGGGCACAAGCUAGUGCAAACUGUAGGCCGGUCCCACGCCCGGAUAAAUGGAGAAGGUUGCGUCAGGAAGGGCAUCCGGCUUAAAAUUUUGCCAAACAAAUAUGAGCGUUCAUCCAAAGAAUUCCAUACCGGAUCGGUCGUGCCCCGGGUUGACAACGUCCGCCACCCGCGCGUCAACCUGCAGGGUACCGGUGGAAAUUCAGCUACUGUGGGUCGAAGACAAAGGCGGUGGAAAGCGGGUUCUUCGGCAGAAAGAGAAGAGGAAAGCACAGAGCUUAGAACUGAAUGUGGGGACUUUGAAUGUUGGGACUGUGACUGGAAAGUCUCGGGAGUUGGUUGACAUGAUGAUUAGGAGAAAGGGUGAUAUAUUUUGUGUCCAGGAGAGCAGGUGGAAAGGCAUUAAGACCAGAAGUUUUUUACCAUGGUGUAGAUGGGAAGAGAAAUGGAGUCGGGGUUAUUUAAAAGAAGAGUUGGUUACGUGAUUAGUGGCUAUGCCCCACAGGUAGCAUGUGACCUAGAGGUGUGAUUCUGGCAGGAGCUAGAGGGAGUAGUUCUGAGCAUCCCAGACAGUGCGAGAGUCUUGAUUGGUGCAAAUUGUAAUGGACAUGUUGGUGAAGGAAACAGGGGAUAUGAAGAAGUGAUGGGUCUUGGCUACGCGUCCAUGGUGAUGAUGUUCUUCUCUAACACGUACUACAUCAUGGUGCUGGCAUGGGCUUUCUACUACCUCAUCAAGUCGUUCAGCGCCACCCUGCCGUGGUCCACGUGCGACAACGCCUGGAACAGCAACUCCUGUGUAGACGCCUUCAGCUUGCACCACUGCAACAAUGCCAGUGACAACGUCGCCGGCGGAAACCUCACCUGCGCCCAGCUGGCCCACGCUGUAUCGCCCAUCAUCGAGUUCUGGGAGAACAAGGUUCUGAACAUCUCAUCGGGCUUAGACGAUCCGGGUCACGUCAAUUGGGAGUUGCUGUUGUGUCUGAUCACCGUGUGGCUGCUCGUCUACUUCUGUGUGUGGAAGGGCGUCAAAUCUACUGGAAAGAUUGUGUACUUCACGGCCACCUUCCCAUAUGUGGUACUGAUCAUCCUGCUGGUCCGUGGAGUCACACUUCCCGGUGCGUUCGACGGCAUCAUGUAUUACAUCAAACCUGAUUGGUCCAAGCUGGAGGAGGCUCAGGUGUGGAUCGACGCUGGCACGCAGGUCUUCUUCUCGUACGCCAUCGGACUGGGAGCCCUGACGGCUCUGGGCAGCUACAACCGCUUCAACAACGACUGCUACAAAGACGUCUUCGUGCUGGCGCUGAUUAACAGCGGGACCAGCUUCUUCGCCGGCUUCGUGGUCUUCUCCAUCCUGGGCUUCAUGGCGGCCGAGCAGGGCGUGGACAUUUCGCAGGUCGCCGAGUCAGGUCCCGGUCUGGCGUUCAUUGCGUAUCCGAAGGCAGUCAGUUUGAUGCCGGUGGCUCCGUUGUGGGCCGGGCUCUUCUUCUUCAUGCUGCUGCUGCUUGGUCUGGACAGUCAGUUUGUCGGCGUCGAAGGUUUUGUGACGGGCAUUCUGGAUCUGUUCCCCGGGAAAUACGAGCACCGCUACAAGAGGGAGCUCGCCGUAGCCCUCUGCUGCUUCCUGUGCUUCAUCAUCGACAUCUCCAUGGUGACACAGGGUGGAAUGUACGUGUUCCAGUUGUUUGACUACUACUCGGCCAGCGGGAUGACGCUCUUGUGGCAGGCCUUCUGGGAAUGCGUCGUGGUGUCCUGGGUCUACGGCGCUGACCGCUUCAUAGACGACGUGGCGCGCAUGAUUGGCUACAGGCCGCUGCCCUGCAUGAAGUGGUGCUGGUCCUUCAUCACGCCGUGCGUGUGCUUGGGCAUCUUCCUGUUCCACCUGGUCAACUACAAGGGGCUGACAUACAACAACACGUACGUGUACCCGUGGUGGGGUGAGGUGAUUGGCUGGUGUCUGGCGCUGUCGUCCAUGUUGUGCAUCCCGCUCGGUCUACUCUACAAACUCUUCCGCGCCAAAGGCUCCUUCGCACAGCGCUGGGCCCGCCUGACCAGCCCGGUGUGGGGAGGACACCACCUGGAGUACAUGGCGCCCGACGUCAAGCCGCUCAGCUCGUUGUCGCCCGCCGGCGAUGACAACAAAGUCAUCAUCUUCGAGAGCGUCAUGUGACCCCCCGGACCCUCGCCAGCUCGCUCGCACUUCAUCACGCUCGUCUUCCUGUCUGACCCGCCAAAAUACGAACACUGUGACGCAUCAGGUCCCGUUCCAAAGUCAGGACCGGAGCCCAACCUCUCCAGCCCCGGCAGCACAGGAAGACAGACGAGCGGUCGUGCGGGUUGCCUUAUGCUGUUGUCUUAAUGCCAUUCGUUGUUCACCAGCCAAUCUCUGGACUUUUAUUCUGUUGAGACGAAGAAGUGGGUCUCAUUUUCAUGCCGUAUGUGAUGCGGCUUUUUCAGCGGUGCUUUUAUUUUGGCUUUAACACUGACUAAAGGGAAUUUUGUUGUUGUUUUAAAGGAGACAUGCCCCCCGCCCCCAAUUUAAAAGCGUUCCCAUGUUUUAAUAACACGCAUUAUUCAUAAUUCCCGCAAUGAAGAAUAUUUUGACAGCAUUUUUAUAGCUGUGGUGAAAUGUUCUCGUUCUGGGGGCGAACCCGUCUGUUACACCACUCAAAGCAGCGCCCAUUGAGACUCCGUUGCUCAUCACUGGCAGAUUCAGCAUUUCAUCAUCAAGCCACCGACAGAGCACCUGUCAAUCACUGUGGUGGUGCGGCGCACGACAUGGCCAAUCACAAAGACUCCCCACCCCCACCCCCACGUGAACAACGUUAUAACCGUACAUCGUUGCAACAUCGGAAGCCAUUGUUUUUCUGAUAACACUUGUCAGCCAACACUGCAGCUCUGCUUACCUCUUGGCUAUGACAUGAUUGUGCUUAAGCCAAAGUGGUUAUUUGCCUCUGGACCAGGGGCACCAUCAAGCCCCACGACGAUUGGGAUCGUCUGCAGAAAAGUUCGAUCGGCAAGUUGCAGCCACCCCAACCACCGUCGAAGAUUGGCUUCAGCCGCCCCAUCAAAACAUUUCUGGAUGCGCCCCUGCUCUGCACCUUGGUCCAGCCAAGCGGCCAAGUCAUUGGCUGACAAACUUGGUGUGGGGGUGGGCGUUCUAUUCAUUAGCCCCAUUAUUUGCCAAAAGUGGGGUGAAAAUACAAACAGGCUUGCCCAAAGACACAUUUGAAAAAAAUAGGCAGAUCAUUACAUUUGAUUUCACACAACUAUUUGGAUGCAAACAAAGGGUCUCUUUUCCAUGUCUCCUUUAACACUGACUCAAAGGGAUUUUUUUGAUUUGUUUUAAAUGUUUUUCUUUUCUAACACUCAAAGUGUGGAAAACUUUUCAGUGUUUGAUUAUUUAAUGCUGCAAAUUUCUUUUUUUGCUAAAUCAACACCAAACUCGAACUCUCGCAAAUACGGACGAUGUAGGAUCUACUUCCAGGCAGGGAACCAAUCAACUGAGCCGCCUCCCCACAUGCUUCCGGUCGCCUUUUGCUUAUAGAAAUUAUGUCACAGAUGAUGUCAGCAUGUAGCAGUAUUUUUUUGUUGGGAGACCUUUUACAUAUUGCAUAUACAUACAUACAUACAUGUGAAAAGCUGUAAAUAGUAAUGCUGUUGUUUAACUGUGAAAAUGUAACUGUCAGGAAGUGGUGUUUAACCCCACUGUUUGUCAGGAAGAGCAAUAAUGUUGCUGGGGCAUGCUAAUUUCCCUAAAGUAACGAAUGCAAUAAAUAAAUAAAAUAAA